CAGUUCUGCCACCCACUGGAGCAGCAAGUGGGGCAGGUCACACACGCCCGUGCCUCAGUUUCCCUCCACAGUAGUAUAUUGCGGCAGUUUUCCCUCCCCCACCUCUUUCCCCGGCGGAGGCAGUGGGGGUGGAGAUUCCAGUGGAGGUGAUGAAGUGCCUUUGAGAUGGUACCCGCGCCGAGGGAGUCCCCACCUCUCCAUAUCAAUGACAUUCCGGCCCCAGCUACAGUCCCCGCUGGGCCCCAACUUUAACCCUUUGGUUCUCGGAUCCAACCAAGUCCGGGUGGACCUGGGGACCCAAGACCCGGCCUGAGUGAGGGCUGAGGGUGGAAAGCGCCUUCCGGGGUCUCCCCGGCAUCGUCCUUGCUGCCCACCCCUCCUGCGGGCGGUUCCCCUGACCACCUCCGGCGUCCUCUCGGCCCCUCCCUGCUCUCGGACAGAUCGUCCCACUUUUAACCUCCCCGAAGGCCUUGGGGGGGGGGGAGGUGCGUUGUCUUCUCAAAGGGGGGAAAGAGUAGACUUAUUAGGUGGGAGGAAGCUGAAGCUUCCCUGGGCCCCCCACCACGGGUCUGGUUCCGAUUGGUCUGGGGGUGUCUUCAGCCUCUGAGCACUCACCUCCCGUGUGUGUGUGGGUCUUUGUGCUUGAGUGUUGAUGUGUCAAGCCCAAGAAGAAUUGGGAUCUAAAACAAUUAGGGUCCUCAGUGCCAUCUCUGGGCACGAUGUGUGUGCAGCGCUCCCCCCCCCCCCCCCCGCACCGGCCCUGUGACAACAUCAGGGGUUUAAAGCUGCCUGUGAAACUGGGGGGUCCUUGCGGCCGGGCCCAACUGCAGGCCCUCGGGCAAACCGGGCUGGGUGGGUCCCACUGUGCCGAGGCUGUCUCUGCGCCCAGGGACGGGAAAGACCCCCGGCCAGGCUGCCCAGGACGCAGGCACUGCGGGAGGGUUGCCGGGCCCCUCCGAUACCUGGGCUUGCUGCUGCCUCCUGACACCUGCUGGAACCUGUGUGGCUGGAUUCCUUGGGCCCUGAAUGCCUGCCUCUAUUUGUCCUUCUCAGCCACCCCUCCCCUCCCCUUCUUACCAGUCACCCCUCCCCGCCCACCCUGUGAAAUCUAGGGCCCCAGGGCUGGAUUAGCUGGACAAACCCCACGAUUCCCCAGGCCCAUCACAGCCUGCAGGGGGCUCUGACCACUGCCCCCCCCCCACUGCCCACCAUGUCCACCCGGCCACCAAGUCGGCCCCUCACAAGGGAGGAGCACCCCUCCCCCCCCAGCCAGCUGAAAAGCUGAACCUGUGGGGAGGGAAGGGUGUGGAGGAAACUCUAGCCACCAGCGUCUACCUUUCAGACCCACUCAUCGACCCACUUAUCGGCGCUGGCCUCAGUCUCCAUUUUAUUAAUGUUUAUUUAUUUUUGACAGAGGGAGAGACAGAGCAUGAGUGGGGGAGGGGCAGAGAGAAGGAGAGACACAGAAUCCGAAGCAGGCUCCAGGCUCUGAGCUGUCAGCACAGAGCCCGACCCUGGGCUUGAACCCACAAACCUCAAGAUCACGACCUGAGCCGAAGUCAGAUGCUUAAGUGACUGAGCCACCCAGGUGCCCCUUUCAGUCUCUGUUUUAGAGGGAGGGGCUCUCAAGCUUUUUUUCGUCACUGAGCCUUUUGCAGAUCUGAUGAAAGUAUAAACUUCUAAAAAAUGCUAAAACCCAUCCCCAGAAGCAGUGCACCCGCUCGAAGUUAAAAUCCUUUGUAAACGAAGUCCCACUGAACAGGUGAAGAGGCACCCAGUGCGUGCCACCCCCAGGUGUAUGUGGGGGCCUCGCAGACCUGCGCCCCCCCCCCCCCCGCAUUGGCCCUGCUAGAUCCGGCCUGGUCCCAGCACCCCCCUCCCGGCCUCCGCGGGCAGUCAACGGGUGCCUCCCCGUGGGGCAGACGGGCCAAGGCCCUCAGGAGGAGGUGUGGAGGUGAGAGGCCCUCCCAGGUGAGGGCCCAGCCCUGCCUUGGAGAGUCCUCCCAGCCCCCCAGGAAACGGUAUGAAGGAAGGCUCCCCACCCCUGUUCCUCUUCCCUCAGUUCCUAGCAGCCAGGAAGAGGCUUGAGGGAGUUCAUGACCACCCCCCCAAAACGAGGGGCUCAUGUUUGUGGGUCCCACGAGGUUUCUCACAGGGGUCUUUGUCCUAAGGAGGUUAAGGACCUUGGCCUUCCGUAAUCUAUCCCUAGUUGGGGGCAGGAUUUGAGCUGUAGUCUGACUCCCAGGCUGCCCCCCACGAGAGGAGUCACAGGCACCGAGGAGGUCUUCAGGACGGGUCGUUGUUCCUGGAGGUGGUGAGCAGGCUCACCCCUCGCCCUCCUCCGUGGUGUCUCUGACAGAGUGAUCACUUGCUCCUCACAGGAAAGAGUGGGGUCCUGGGGCUUCACCCCCAUCCUGGGCUCCUGUCUCCACUACUCAUCCCCCUUCACCCCACAGACCCCUGCAUGCCCCUCCCCAACUGCCACAACAGCGCCUUCAUCCUUUGCCACUAGAGACCUUCAGCAGCUCGGCCGAGCCCUCAGUUUCAGUGUGGGGGUGGGAAGGGCACACCUGAGCUGAGGUUGAAGUGGGGGGGGGGUUUCUAGGCCGUUGCCUGGGCGAUGCCACCUGAGCUGGGCACCGGCACCUGUUGCCGGGGGAACAGUGCGGGCGGGGCCCCUCCCUUGGGAGCAGCCAGGGCCACUGGGCUGAGACUGGAGACGGAUCGGAUUCCUGAGAGUCCCCGGCGGGCAGGGGGACGGGCGGGGGGUGUGCGAUACUGGGGGAUCUGGGCGUGUUUGCAACGUAGAGUGAAACGGGGUCGCAGGGAGCAAAGACGACAAGAAGGGGUGGCUGGGGGAGGAGUAGGAGGCGGCUCAGGAAGGCCACCGAGCCUCCACUUCUCAGUGCAGAGCCUGUUACUUUUAUGACCCCCCCCCCCAAUCCUUACUCCCCAGCUGGUCCUCAGUCUCCCCUUUCCUUUGUCCCUGUGUUCCCACCGGCCCGGAUGUUCUUUCCUCCCCCGCUCCCGGUCUCCGUCCCGCCUCCCAGGCUCCCCACCCCACCCCCACCGCCUUCUCCCUGUAGCUCAGGCUUCACCGCUCUCAGCUUUGCUGCCCCUCCCCUGCCUCGGCCUCAAAACCCCUCCUGCGUCUGGGAGCCGGCCCGAGUCCCCAGGUGACACCCACAGCGGGUGUGCUGCUCGGCGUGAACCUAUGCCUGCCGGAGGGACAAGGCUGUCUUCAGCCCGAAGGUGGGUCAGGAGGGUCUGUGCAAGCUGGGUCAGACGGGCGGCAGCUGGGACGCCAGGACGUGAGUGCCUGCAGGGUGGCAGGAGCAGCGUCCACCGGGCAUCUGAUGGGCAACGGGCCCCUCGAAGGGACACCGCUACUCCGCUGAGCGGGACUGUGAGACUGUGAGAUCGACUUGUGCGUGUGGGGGGUCAGAGAGGUGCUUUGCAAGAGGCCCACAGAUGUGAGGACGGUCCUGGCCGAGGACACAGACUUCCCCACGUUCUGGGCACCGAGACCCCCACCCGGCGGCCCCUGACGUACCCCUGUGAGUCAAGCGGGCCGUCUAGGGUUAAGAAGACCUGAGGGGACAGAUGGCGUCAGCCGGCCUUGAACUCCUGGGCAUGACCCUGUCCGUGCUGGGCUGGCUGGGCACCCUGGUGUCCUGUGCCCUGCCCCUGUGGAAGGUGACCGCCUUCAUCGGCAACAGCAUCGUGGUGGCCCAGGUGGUGUGGGAGGGGCUGUGGAUGUCCUGCGUGGUGCAGAGCACGGGCCAGAUGCAGUGCAAGGUGUAUGACUCCCUGCUGGCGCUGCCCCAGGACCUGCAGGCCGCCCGCGCCCUCUGCGUCAUCGCCCUCCUGUUGGCUCUGCUCGGGCUGCUGGUGGCCAUCACGGGGGCCCAGUGCACCACCUGCGUGGAGGACGAAGGUGCCAAGGCCCGCAUCGUGCUCACCGCAGGGGUCCUCCUCCUCCUCUCGGGCAUCCUGGUGCUCAUCCCGGUCUGCUGGACCGCGCACGCCAUCAUCCAGGACUUCUACAACCCCCUGGUGGCCGAGGCCCUCAAGCGGGAGCUGGGGGCCUCUCUCUACGUGGGCUGGGCCGCCGCCGCUCUGCUCAUGCUGGGCGGGGGGCUCCUCUGCUGCACGUGCCCCCCACCCCAGAUCGACCGGCCCCGAGGACCCAGGCUGGGCUACUCCAUCCCCUCCCGCUCAGGCAGAGCGACGCUGGCCUGCCCCCACCUCCCACCACAAUCUGCUUUCUUCUGGUCCAGGACUCCGGCUAGCACUUGUCUUCCUGAGGCCACCCCUGCCCCUAGGAGCCUGCCCCUCACCUGAAGGGCAGCAGCUCCUUGGUUCCAAAAUGAGGAGGGGAUCCCUGCCCUGGAGCGGGUCCCCGCCAACUGGCCACCACCUGUACUCAGAAGUUCAGGCCCAGAGGCCCAGCCCCUCACCCCACCCUCUACUCCCCCCUGCCAGUAGGGAAUAAACAGCAUUUGUACCUUG